AGCCAGAAAUAAUUAAAGAGAAUUGAGUGUGCGCCGAGUCUAUUUUUGACAUUUAGCAUUAUUUGUCUAUGUUAUUAUAAAUAUUGUAAAAGUGUAUUAUCCAAUUAGUAUUGGAUAACAAAAUCAUAAUAAAGGUUAUGUCCGUGUAAAGAAUUAGUAUUUAUGGCACAUGGCUUGUUUUUGGUCCAAUCAAAAGGAAGCAAAAAUAAUGAUAGUAUCUACCAAAGAAAAUAAUAAUGUAACUUUUUACAGCAUAGUAGUUUCUGUUGGGGAUUUUAAUUGGACCGUGGAACAUCGCUACAGUGAAUUUUAUGAACUACAUAACCAACUUGUAUUAGAUCAUGGACUGCCAAAAGAUAUCUUACCGUCAAAAAAAGUUAUUCGGAAUAAAUGUCCAAUUUUUAUUGAAACUCGAAGAAAAGGUCUAGAAGAGUACUUACAGAAAACUUUGGUUUUUUUAAAACGAACCAUGCCCAAAGUAUUCGUAGAUUUUCUUAAUUUCAAUUUUUAUGAUAUAUUUUUUUUAUUGCAAGAUCUGGCACCAAGAUUAUUCAAACAUUCAGAUGUUUUUCUACAAAAAACAUCCAUGUUUUGUAUGACAACUUUAGAACUUCAUGCUUUGUGUGAGUUUUUGAAAAAACCAUUGUUGGACCAAACUGAAAAUAGUUUAGAUAUUAGUCCAGUGCUAGAUACAUAUUCGCAACUUCAGUGUGUUACUAUUCGUGGAGCAUCAAUACCAUAUUUGCAGAGUAACAUUAUUUUAAAUAAAUUAUCAUUUGAUUUUUCUGCAUUCAAAAUUUUACACACAUUAAUUUUAGAACAUGUUUCUUUCGAAAAUAUCACUUCACUUGGAAAUUUAAGAGAUACUGUUCACAAGCUACAAGUUAAUAAUACAAACGUAACUUCCAUUUCUCAAAUUUUACAAUGUGACGUAAUUCAUAAGGAUAAUAUUGAAGGAAGUCAGAAAUGGAAAGUACUGGAAACACUCAAUUUAAAUAAUAAUAAUAUAACAGAGAUCGACAGCACUAUUAGAUUGGCCCCAAAGCUGUCAUAUUUAAGCUUAAAUGACAACAAGAUUUCUACAAUAAAUAAUUUGUCUCAUUUACCAAAUUUAUCAGUCUUGAGUUUAUCUAACAAUCUAAUAACUGUAUGCACAGAUCUUAAUACGAAGGUAGGUAAUAUUCGAUUAUUAAAUCUGUCACAGAACAAUAUUUCCGCGUGUAAAGGAUUCAGUAAACUGUAUUCUUUAGAAACACUCGAUUUAAGCAGUAAUAAAAUUACAAACAUAGAAGAUAUUAAGUUUCUUGGAGAUUUACCAUGCUUAGAAAAUUUAUUGCUAACGGGCAAUAAUGUAGCCACUACAAUUGACUACAGAAUAAGAGUUUUAGAAUACUUCGGUGACAAAGCAAAACAGAUUUGUUUGGAUAAUGAAAAACCAAUACAAGCUGAGCUUGAUAAAGUUUCCGUUUUGAGAGCUUUAAGAAUUGUCAAAGAGGGAAAAACACCUGAUUUAAAAUCCACUUUUACACAAUAGGAUUAUUGGGAAUAUUUCAUAUUUACUCAUAUACAUAUUAUUACAUUAAACGAAUGUUCCUGAUUUUGGGUCUGUUUUUAAUAUAGAAAUUGGUUAACAUGUAACCAAAUUUUUAACCUUAUAAAACUUUUAUUUAAUAUUAACAUCCCUGAUAUAUGAAUCAAUCAAUACAAAAGAUAUUACACUGGGUGUUCAGGGUUUUACAUAAUUAAGUGCAGGUUGGAAAUCGUCAAAAAAGGAUUCAGAUAUUGGUUCGAGUGUUUUUGUCUGCAGAUUUUCAAACGAUCCCAAAUAUAUCAAUCAAGUUGACAUUAUUUCAGUUGUUGAUAGAAGUAUAUGAGUUUUAGAAAAACCUGAUUAUAAAACUAUCAGCUUAAACAUUAGUCCAGUUGCUGGAGGUGAAAGUUACAAGCAAAACAUCAGAAUUUUUUUUACUGGUACUUUAAAGUAGACUAAUUGAUAUAAAAACAAUUUCAGAGGUCUAUCGAUUCUCAUAGUAAAACAAAAUUCGAGAAUUAUUUUUAUUUUCAAAAUUUCCCAUUAUUUCAGUCUGUGGUGAAGAUAGAAAAAAAUAAAAAAUACGAAGUUGUAGGGUAAAUUUUUCUCGAUAUAAAAGGUCCUUUAAACUUUUUUUGUAAAAGCUAUAGUCUCGUUUUUGUUUGUAAAACUUUUUUAAACAGCUCAACUUCAAUUCAAGUAUCGGGAAAAUUUUGGUUAUAUUUGUGACAAUGUGUGUUUAACUGUAACCUGUAAAAUGGAGCAAUAUUGUUCAUUCUUAGUUUAAACCCUAGAUUAAACUUCAUUUUAAUCUUGAGUUGUAAAAUUGGCUGAUAUUAUCAGCUCAGUUUGGAAAAGAUCAGAUCAUUUGCAAAAAGAAAGCUGUAGUAUCUUCAGUGGAUUAGAACCUUUAUCAUCUCUAGGGCGGCGAUAUCAGGGCUGUCAAUGUCAAAUAAAAUUUUUAUAAAGGCGCUAGUCGUCAGGUCGAAACGUCAAAUCUUUUCUAUUAAAAAAAACUUCGAUUGAAAUAGGAUACUUGAUAUUUAUUUUUAAAAGUUUUUAAUAUGAAAUGUCAAGAAGUAAAAUAUUUAAUCGAAAGUGAACAAAUAAUAUCUAAAUAUUUAAUUGGAGAUCGCGAAAAUUUCAAAUUUUCAACUACAUAAGAAAACAAUUCUCAUUGGUUUUCAGUUGUGAGAUCAUAGGUUUAAUAAAAAAAUUGAGCAGUUCUCUGUUUGAUGAUCACGAAGUUAUUGUUGUCUGCAACGUAGCUAGUGCUGUUAUAAUAAAGUUUUCAUUUAUUAAUUACGUAUAAAUGAAUAACAUUUUUCUAUAUAUAGAUUAAGUUCUCACAUUAUUACAUAAUCACAUUAAAAAUUAAAAGCAUAAUGAACUUGAUUACUGUAAAAUAUUAAAAUAAGUUAAAAUUGAAUCUUACUUACAUUAAAAUUAAUCUGACAACAAAAAUAAUUACAUCUCACAGGAUCGUCAAAACGACCAACACUUUCAAACCAUUUUCGUUGCAUAUUCAAAUUUCAUGACAUUAUAAAAAAACUUUAGUUGUUUUAGUCGUCGUAUUUUUACAUCCUGGCACAAAACACGAUUUAUAUACCGUUUGUCGAAUUAAUCAAAGUUUAAUAAUAUGUUCAGUGUUUAUUUUAUACCUAUGACAUCACGCAAUAUGGGGGUCUUACUGAAAUGUUUAAAGUUCCUACAAAAUUUUUGAACUUUCAAUAAUUUUUUUCUCUAUAAAUAUUGAUCAAAGAAUUGAAAAAUUAAUUAUAAUAAAAGUUGUACAUAAACUACCCAAAACUAUUUUUUUCUCAAACUAUGUAAGUACCUUAUUACCUAAAAUUUAAAACAUAUAAGUAAAAAUUUAAAUUGAAGAAUUAAAUGUAUUACUAUAUCACUUAAUUAUUAAUAUCUAAUAUGCAAUGAUGAAGCUUUUAUCGAAUUUAUUUUUAUGUGAUAUAGACAAAUAUGAAAAUUGAUAUUAUUUUUCAAUUUCUAUGAUAAUUUUAUUGUUGUAAUUAUAGUAUUGUUAGAAGUAUUAUGUUUAUCAAUACUAUUUGGUUCUGACACUCCUCGUUAUCUUCUAACUUUGGUUUGAAUUUGUAAUUGUUUUAAUCUCAAAUCAGACAAAUACAUUUUGUCAACUAUGCUAUUUAGAAAACGCCCAACGCUAUUCCUUUAUACAGUUAGUAUGAUGGUACGGGGAGUGUCAACUAGAUAGAAUAAAUUUAUCUAUUAAGGUGUAAUUUCUCUUGGUGAUAUUCAUACUGAACACACUAUUUACUACUUCCUUAAAAUUUCACUGUCUCAUAAGAGGCGUAUCAAGGGGUGCGUAGGCCUCAGGGCAAAUUAUUUUUAUGGGCCACCACACUAACCCUUGUCUAUUCUAAAAGUAUGUUGAGACAUUUUUCAAAGACCCAAAAAUAUUUUUUGUUUCUUUUCUCUUGGGUCACCCUCCCAUUUUGUUCUACCUAAUAAGAGAAACUUACAUUAAUUUUUUGAAAAAAGGACGCUACUAAUGAUUUAUAAAAACCAAUAUUUUCUCAAAAAGUGAUUAUUUAAAAUGAGGUUUUAAGGUCCAUAUAUGUUACCCAAAGCUAAUUUUGUAUCAUAUAUGUGUUACAAUUUGCUUUCGGGAUGUGAACAAACAAGAGGAAAAUUCGACAAAAAACACAGAUUUUCACAAAAUUUCUUUAAUUAUCACAAUUUUGAAAAAACUUGUUACAAAAUUAAUAUAAGCUUAUAAUAGUUGUUUAGAGUCCUCAAAAAAAUUUUGAUGCACAAUUAACACGUAAAAAACUCAUUAUGCAGACAGCAAAGUUGUUGGUUUGUAAUUCGGGAACUGCAUCAGGUGUGAACACCUGCACCGAUCAUAGAUAGCCACUACGACUACACUGAUAAGCAGUGAGUGGUUGUGUGGUUAGAUUGGAGUCUUCGUGGCAUAAAAAUAAAGCGAUAAAGUUUUUUAUAAUAUUCAAAAUUACUAAUGAAAAUUAUAUUGAAUUUUAAUAUUUUUUAUGAAAAUGGGAGGGUGAACCGUUGAAUUUUUUAACUCUCAUUUUCAAGCAUCACCCUAAUAGGUACAUUAGUAUUACGUGAAAAGUAAGGAAACAAAAAAAUGUUUUAUCAAGGAUAAAACCUGCCUAAAAUUAUUUUGAUCUAACAGUUUGCAAAUUGACAUUUUCUUUGACCGAUGCAUCAUUUGAUAUCGAGUGUAACAAAGUUAAGGGUUAAAGUUACGGGUGCUCUUCAAUAUAUUUUAUUGUCAAAUCGCCUAGAGUCUCUAUGCUAGAUAUUUACCGCUAGGGGAGGACCGAUUUUAGCUAUGCCCUUUUUCCCCCUUUUCACAAAUCCUUCAUUGAUUACCCGUUCUUUGCAUGGUUUUUUCUUUUAGUACAAGUAAAAUAGGAUUAAACCCGAAAUUAUGGGCGUUUCUGAUUUUCUAGAUGCUCAAAGGAUUUUGGUCACUGAAUAAACCUAGCAACUCUUAACAAAAUUACGGGCAGGGGUUUUCGAAAUUUUGGAAAAAAUUUUGAAACGCGAAUAACUCGAAAACUAAGAGGAAUUCGAAAAAAAAUGACCGAACAAAACAUGAAGAGCAUAAAAUUUUCUACAAAAAAGGUCUCAGGUCUCCAGCCAUUUCUUCGUUGGAGCCACUAUUUCUGAGUAAAUCUCCCUCAACGCAGAGUCGGAGCAACCGCUCGCGAAUUCCCGCCAGUACGAAUUCAAGCCAAUUUACACUCAAAAUGCAUCAUGAUGAUUAAGAUCUUUAUUUUCUACUCGGGUGAGCUAGAACAAUUUUCGAGUUGGAAAAUCUUGCGAGAUGAAGAGGUUUAUUGGCCAAAUAAGCACUUAAAGUUUCAAUGGAUAUAUUUCAUCACUCGCCAUAUAAACAAGCAAAUCCAACGGGAGAUUUGUCGUUUGUGUUAUUAUCAAUAUUAUAAUGUAUAUAACACACAUGAACUACUUGUUGGUUUCAAAUGAACUAACUUAAAAAAAACGCGAUCAUGAACAGUAUCUUCGAUCUCGGUUAAUUAUUAUUUCAAUAUUCACAAACUUCUUAAUAGUUUCUCUUUAACAAAAAUGUGGGUACUCAUUUUGUGCUCUACAGUUUUGGCUCCGGCACUUUUUUUUCGAAUUCUACGUAGUUUUAGUGUUAUUCGCGAUUCAAAAUAUUUUUGAGAGUUCAAACCUAUUUUAUAAUAAACAUUUUUAGGUUAGGAAAAAAUUAAAACCUCAUAGUUUUCCAGAAAUUGCUUUAAAAAUAACAAAACCACAUGUUACAAACCUUUCUUCCACUCAUUUUCCUUUUGUUAGCAAUAUAAACUGAAAUAUAAUAAAACAAAAUUAAAUGAAAUCACACGUUUAUUGCAACUGCAAUAAACAGCGGAAUGACAACUUCAAACUCGUUUUCCUGAUAGUGAGACUUGUUUAUUUAUGACAGAUAUGUUUUUUUAUGCAAUGGAAAUUUAAAACACAGACACGAUCAACUUAAAGUGAAUUCGUUCUUUUAUAUAAUUCUGGAGCCUUCGAUGUUAUGAUGGAAAUUUCCAUCAUCAUGCAAAGAAGGCUUACAGUAUUCACUAUCGUAUUUAUCAAGGUAUAAUAGUCAGUUUAGUAUUUAAUUUAAUAACAAAUAUACUACACUCAAUUUUUUUCUCAGUAUUUGUAUUUACACCGAGAAAAAAUAUAAAAUAAUAUGCAAAAAUAGAAAUAUUCUCAGUGAGAACGAAAAAUACUUAUUUAAGCACCCCACUCUACAAUAUUGUUUAUAAAUUGAAAAAAACUCUUGAAAUGUGGCUGGAAAUAGUAGGAAUCAAAUUACGAACGGCUAGGUCGAUCUGGGAUUCCCGGAAUUACGUUCGGAAGCUGGUCCGUAGUUGCCAGACACUCUGAACGAAUAUUUAGCGUGGGUAAUAAGGUCUAUUAGUUAUUUUAGAUAUGUAUAAGGACCGUACAGUAAUUAUUAUCUUUGAUUUACAUACUUAUUCCGAUACAAAAACGCUUAAUAUUCCGCAGCAUCUUGGGGCUCUUGGACGCUGGACGCCAGACCUUCUCUAGAUGAUAUGUCCGCCUCCGUGUCUGAUGCUCGUUUUUAUAACAAAGUUGUUUUGAGAGACUGAAGGUAAACAGUCAAUUAAUUCAGUUGUGUUGGUGUUGUAGUAAAAAGUGUGUUCAGUUCUUUUAAUGCCAAUAAAAUGCUGAAACAUCUUAAACUGUUUCUAAUUGUGAUUAAAUAUUUGUUGGUUCCCAUAAAACUGCACCUUAGUGCUUCAUUUUUUAAUUGUAAAGGAUAAUUGAAAUAUGGUAAUUGUGUAAUUUAACAAAUUUUCUCUUUCGAUGUCACUAUUAAUGCUUUCUAUUUACUCAAUUACACUGAAAUGCAUCCAUUUACAGAUAAGAAGUUUUGCGAUUUACUAACACACUGAUAUGUAAGUGUGUAAUUCUGGGUUUCAUAUACAUUGCAACCCAAGGAAUCUAUUGUAUCCCCUUUCAUUGCUACAGCUGAUCUGUUAAUCCCAAUCCUUUCAGAAACUUCGGGAUGGGGGAUGGCUGAAGCUGUCAAAGAUCUUCAUCUUCUAUUUCACACUUGGAGAGAAUAUUCCUAAAUUAUUUUUACUUAAAAUGGUACAUUCGAUACAUCUUUUUUGGCUAUUGUUUUCCCAAAAAUAUAUUUGGCUAUAUCAGCCCCUUUUGAUUACUGAUGUCAUAAGUUGAAUUGCACUCAAUUGCAUACAUAUCCGCUUGAAAAAUACUUGGUAUAUUGCCCAAGCUUUCAGAGGGUUUGGCUCUAUGCUGCACACUCCUAUUCCAGUUCUCUCUGUUGUUUUGGAGCCGUCCGUAUAUCAUUUGAUGGCAUUUCUAGUCUGGUUUUUUGCAGCUUAGUAUUGAGGUAAUUUUUUUCUCAAAGCUAUCUAUGUUGACUCCUUCUCUGAGCAUUCUUAGUGAGGUUAUUCCUCAAUUUUCUAAUAAUAAAAGGAGAGGUGGAAAAUCUCGUCUCAUGCAGCUGUUGGGCAUGUUCUCAUGGUCCCAGUGAUAUAUAUGCAGGUCAGUCUUUGUACCUUCGAGAGAUUGAUUGUCGUGUUGUUCGUACCAGUUUUAGCGCCCCAUACGUGAUAAUUGGAGGCUGUGUACAACUAUAGUAAAAUCUUUCGGUUACAACCCCAAUUUUUACCAGUAAAGUUUUUACACACUAUCAGGUCUUACGUGGCUUUGCUAACUACUUCAGACUUAUAGAGCUGUGUCUUGAAACAAUUGAAAUAGUUUAAUAUGUGUCUGUUUGAAUACCUGUGAUACAGUAUGUAUGUAUAUAAUUAUGUACCAUGUUGUGAAAAAAUGAUAAUAUUCCUUUUUACAAAUUAUUUGGACACAAAUAUCUAUUAUAAUGAUGUAUAUUAAUAUGAAAAGUAUGUGAAUGCUAGGAAGCACUAAAUUUAUAUGUGCAUAUAUUGAUUUUAGAAUAGUUAUAUAUUUUGAAAAAUUUUGUUCUAGAUAACGUAGUGAAACAUGUAUAUUUUUCAAAUCUAAUAAAAUUAUAUUCAUAA